AAACAAGGCCUUAACCAAGGCGUUCAUAGGGGUUUCCCGACGCCUCAACCGCCGCACAAGUUCCCAGCAACUCCCUCCGGCGUCACCGUCGUUCUUUGCCGGAAACUUCGGCAGCGACAGCGGUUCAUUCCGUUCUUGCCUCAUCUUACUAUCACUCAGUUCCAUUUGCAACGGAAAUGUAACGCUUCCGGCAACACUCAUUCCUCCGGUAUGGACUUUCCCUCCCGGACGGCGACCGAAGCCACGCGAUGAACCCGUUGACACGGCCCGAAGAUUCGGAUCUCAACAGAAUCUGGGGCUCGCUAUCUUUUUUGGUUUGGGGGUUGAACCGGGUUCGAUUCACCCAGUUAUGACUUUGCCGUAGAAAACGACGUCGGCUGUGCAAUUGAGCCGAAUCGAAGCAAUGGCCGAGAAAUCUAAAAGUGAAGAAGAAUGUGAAGCCAUGAUUCACAAGAGUUUCCGAACUCCAAUGGUGAGGUUUUUGAGGGAACGUUUGGAGAAAGCUGGGUGUGGUGUGGGAGACAAUUUUUUCAAAGCUGUUACUUGCAAGCAGCAAAUGGCUGGUAGUUAUGUUCGUGGUGAAGGGGUAAGAGUGUGCAGCAAUUAUGUACGAAUUCAAGACGACGUCAACCUGGUGGUAAUUCGUGAGCUAAUUCAUGCAUUUGAUGAUUGUCGUGCUGCCAACUUGGAUUGGUCUGAUUGUGCUCAUCAUGCUUGUACUGAGAUACGAGCUGGUCAUUUAAGUGGUGAUUGUCAUUACAAGCGGGAACUACUGAGAGGUUUCAUGAAACUACGAGGGCAUGAACAAGAAUGUGUCCGAAGAAAAGCUAUGAAAGCAUUGUCUGCAAAUCCCAAUUGUUUUGGUUUUGCUGCCAAGGAUUCCAUGGAAGCUGUAUGGGAUGUCUGUUACAAUGAUACACAACCCUUUGAUAGAGCUCCUUAGAAUCUGCAUGGUUGGUACUAACAUAUAGCAGCCAGUUAUUCUUUCUUUGAGGAAAAUUUUUGCUAGCCAUUGGCUUAGAAUCAUAAUGGCACAUUGUUGAGUACUAUAAACGUGAUUCAAAUUGAAUGCUUAUUUAUUUAUUUCAUGGAAAACUUUUGUCUGUUGCAACUCCACGUGGAAGAUCAUACAGUUUUGAUGUGAACACUUAUUCCUCAGACAAAUUAUUAUAGCCACAUUUCAAUUUGAAAGGCUUGUGUCAAUGGGGUGGACAUUG